AUGGAGGAGUACCACGUGCUGGAAAUGGUCGGCGAAGGCUCCUUUGGGCGCGUGUACAAGGGGCGCCGGAAACACAGCGCCCAGGUGGUGGCCUUGAAGUUCAUCCCCAAGGUGGGGCGGUCUGAGAAGGAGCUGAAGAACCUGCAGCGGGAGAUUGAGAUCAUGAGAGGCCUCCAUCACCCCAACAUCAUCCAAAUGCUCGACAGCUUCGAGACCGACAAGGAGGUGGUGGUGGUGACUGACUACGCAGAGGGGGAGCUCUUCCAGAUCCUGGAGGACGAUGGGAGUUUGCCCGAGGACCAGGUCCAGACCAUAGCUGCCCAGCUGGUCUCUGCUCUGUAUUACCUGCACUCCCACCGCAUCCUGCACCGUGACAUGAAACCCCAGAACAUCCUGCUGGGCAAAGAUGGCGUCGUCAAGCUCUGUGACUUCGGGUUUGCCCGUGCCAUGAGCAUCCACACCAUGGUGCUGACCUCCAUCAAGGGCACCCCGCUGUACAUGUCCCCUGAGCUGGUGGAGGAGCGGCCGUAUGACCACACGGCGGACCUGUGGUCUGUGGGCUGCAUCCUAUACGAGCUGUUUGUGGGUACCCCUCCCUUCUACACCAGCAGCAUCUUCCAGCUCGUCAGCCUCAUCGUCAAGGACCCCGUCAAAUGGCCUGCGGCCAUAAGCCCAGUCUUCAAGAGCUUCCUGCAGGGACUACUGAUGAAGGACCCCCGCCAGCGCCUGUCAUGGCCAGAGCUGCUCUCUCACCCCUUCAUUGCUGGGCGGGUUACUGUGAUUGAUGACACGGAAGAGCAUGGGAUCUCAAACCCCUUCACCACCAAGCUGUCCCCAGAGCUGCAGGCCCUGAAGGAGCAACAAGCUCAUUCCCUGGCCCCCAGGAGCGGCCAGUCCAGGAUCCUGAGAAAGGCCCGUCAGAAGAUGGCCGAGGAGGCACAGAAAAAGGGGCAACUGAAGGCAGGUGGUGCAUCUGCGAAGGACUCUGGCAAAGGAUGCCCAGGGCAUAGGCCCAGAGCAGCUCCUCAGAAGGCAGCGCUCCUGGAGGGGGAGCCACCUGCUGCUUCCAAUGAGAAGAACCCAGGUGUUGCGCAAGGAGAGAGCAGCCUGACAGAGUGGGAGUUGGAGGAGCCUCCUCCCGACCCCCGGGAGCACAGCAUCACUCGAGACUAUGAGCAGGAGUUUCCUGGAGCAGGUGCCCCUCCACAGCCUGGUGCUGGCAGGGCAGAGCCCCGGGGCAGGCGCAGCAUUGACACCGUGGACCUGGAGAGUGAGGAGCUGGAGAGUGACGAGGAGUGGCAGCACCUGAUUGAGGCUACUGAGCCCUCGGCCCUGCAGCUCAGCACUCCAUUGAGCCUCCUGAGGGAGCCGGCCUUCCGGCACCGUGCCCAGGCCCGCCUGGCAGACUCUGCUCAGCAGGUGCUGGAAGGGAUGCUGGAGGGAGCUUCCCGUCUCCGUCCCGUGCUCCGUGUUGUGGGCAACCUCCUGGCUACCCGAUGUGACUCUGAGCUGCUAGACCACUUCUGCCGAGAGCUGAAUGUGCCUCUGUCCCUGCUUUGUCUAGCCAAGCAGAUCCUGGAGAGUGGUAGCACCAAGCAGCAGCCCUGGUGUAUCACAGUGUUGGCAGACCUCCUCAUGGUGACCACAGUUUAUUUCAGCAGUGAAUGCAGCCUGGAGGACAGUGAACAGAAGGACAGCCUUCAGGCCUUUCGGGAGAGUGCCAGCUGCUUCCUAGCCCUGCUGCCGGAGCUGCUGGCUGAGCCAGCCGACAGCGAGAUGCGACUCUGCCAGCAAAGCCUCCUGUGCUUCACCCUGCUCUGUGAGAGCCUGGAUGCAACGUGCCUUUCCAUCUCUGCCUCCUUCUAUGCCAGCCUGCGAGAGGAGCAUCAGCCCCUGCCGAACAGUGCGGUGAUGGAGGCCAAGUCUGCCCGUGACCAGAGCCCACGUGUGGCAGACCUCUUCAUAGCUGCAUUGGCUGCUGCCUGCAGCAUCCCCCUGGAGAGGAAUGGCUGUCGGGAAGCGAAGCAGCAGGUCGCUCUGGAGGUAGCUGAAAAGCUUAUGGAGGGAGAGAGCCAGCAGCUUGGGAGGCUGUUGGGGAGACUGGAGCACCCAAGCUGCUCCUUGAACGUGCUCAAGAUCCUCUACGCUGGCUGCCAUGCCAGCCGGCAGCCCCUUCCCGGUGCCUCCCACCCCCCCCAAAGCCUGUGCCAGCACCUGGGAAGGAGCCAGCGACUGUGGGGCUCCCUCAUGCAGCUCUCAAAGGGCGAGGUCCCCGUGGCGGAGGUGGCCCAGGGCACAGCCUGCGAGGCCUCCCUUGACCUGCUGGCCCUGCUCACCCUGCAGCUCCAGACCUCCCCUCCCAGGCUUGAGGAGAUGGUUACACUGGCCAUGGAUCUCAUCACCCAGUCUCCUGUUGUCUCCCUUGUGGGUGCUGCAGCGUUCCUCCUGGCACAGCUCAGUCAGCACAGGGUGGCCUUGGAGCUCAGGGGAGAAGAGAUCCUACCGGUGGUGACAAACGUGCUGACAGCCCCUGCUGAGCUGCAUCUCCCCCCGCCAAUGGGUGCUGGUCUCUACGACGGGAUCUUGCUGAAGCUCCUUGCCCAGGAGGACGUGGCCAUGGAGCAGGGCUUUUCUGCCUCGGAGCUGUGGAGUGUGGUGUGGCAUUGUGUUGCUGCGGUGCUUCGCGUGGGCAGUGACAGGGCAGUGCCAGAGGCAGAUCCCCCAGGGGCCGGUCACCCCAUGGCAGAGCUGGACUGGAACCUCCUCUCCCCUCAAGGCACCCUGCUCUUCCUCAGCCUGGCCCUCUUCGUCUUCACUCGCGAGCCCCACUGGUGCCUGCCUCAGCUCACCCAGUCCCACGGCGUCCUCGUGGUGACGCUGAAGAGGCUGCUGUCCCCUGGCUUCCUGGCCUGCCUGGCACAGACACAAGCAGGAGAGGAUGGGGACCCUGAGCUUGUCCCAGCUGUGGUGAUCCAGGCCUGCCAGCUCCUCUGUUUCCCUUUUGCCCUGGAUGUGGACGGAGACACCUUAGCACUGGUCGUGGAGGCUGUGAGAGAUGCCCAGAUCCCUGCCCAGCUGCUGCAGGUCUGCUCUCACCAUCUGCCCUCCUCGUACAUCGAGCUCCCCAUGAGCCUCUUGUGCCACCUCGUUGUGUCUGAUGAGCAGGUCAUCGACCAAAUGGUGGGGGCAGCAGCUGCCUCAGAGCACAUCGUUGCCUUCUUGACGUCUGCCUUGUUUUCAGACAGCCUCACGCUCACUGCUGAUCUCCUGUCUCUCUUGACCCACGUGGCUCGAGCCUGUCCGGAGCACCUGCCCUUUCUCCAGAGGAUCCUGAGGAGCUCGGACAUGGCCGACCAGCCGCUGACCCGCCUGCUCGGCCACCCACAACACCUGAUCAACUUAGGCCGGCGCCAGUCCGAGCUGGGGGACCUGCUGGUGGAGAGCAGAGCCCCCCACGUCCUGCUGGAGGUGGCCUGCCGGGACCCCCGGGAGAGCGUGCGGGACGGAGCCCUCGUCGCGCUGCGGGCCCUCAGCUGUCACCCCAGGACGCAGCAGAAACGGGUCUGCAAGGAGCCGCCACGCUGCCAAGAAGGGAGCGCACACCGCAGGGAGGCUGGGGCUGGGCGAUGCUCCCUUCGUCCCCCGACGCUUAGUGGGGACGCACGGGCUGGGGCGUGGGGUGGCCCCUGCGAUGUGGCGUUCGUCAAGGCCGUGGCAGCACUCCAGCUGACGUCCUGCCGCUUGCGAGCGGGCUGUGCGCCUGGCAUGUGUAGGUGCCUCUGUCUGCGCUGGUUCUGCUGGGUGUUCGGCAGCUGCUUUGCUGAGCUGUCCUGGCAGUGA